AUGAGGGUUCUUCAAGGCUUCGUUUCCUCCCUUUUGCUUUCGAGCGCGGCUAUUGUCUCCGCAGCUUCUUCAUGGAGCUUUGAGGAUGCCACCGUGACUAUUACCAGCAAAGGUGCUGGUGUUGGCGGAGGUUCAAAGGACAAACUGAGUCCUUCGACACCGCUGGGCAAAUCUGUAUCGUUUGGCGCAACGGAUACAUUGAAGCUUGUCCUCACAACCCUCGAUGGAACCACCGCGAAGCGACCUCAUCAGGCAUUCCUUACUCUGACUGAACCGACGACGGGCUUGGAAGAGUCUUUUGUAUUCAAUGUGAAGGAUAGUGGCAAGGGAAAGGUCGAUUUGUCUCACAAAGACCUACCCCACCAAUUCCUGACAUCCGAGAAACCAAUCGUCGCAUCGAUUGUUCUUGGAUCAUUCGGCUCUUCUGCGCCAUACAAGAGCAAAGCGUUUGACCUCGCCGUUUCCCGCGACCCCAGCGUCCCUCUCAGCGUCCCCGAGCCGCCCGUCCGCUACGCCGCCGAGUCUGAGAUCCACCACAUCUUCAAGGAUGACCCCAAGUCUCCACCCAAGAUUAUAACGAUUGUGUUCGCGGCUGCUGUUGCCGCUGUGCUGCCCAUCCUUCUCGGUGUAUGGGCUACGCUGGGCGCGAAUGCCAGCCACCUGAGCAAGGCGCUGGGCAACGCACCCGUGUCGCAUGGGCUGUUCUAUGGUUCCAUACUGGCGAUGGAGGGCAUUUUCUUCCUGUACUACACCACCUGGAACCUCUUCCAGACUCUGCCGGCUGCUGCCGUUGUAGGAGUUGUUGCUUUCCUGAGUGGUAGCCGGGCUUUGUCUGAGGUCCAAGAGCGGAGGCUAGCUGGGCAAAGAUAA